UUUAUUUUUACACAUUUUACAUAAAUAUAAGUAACUUUAUUAUUUAAAAAUGGAGGAUAGUGAAAUGGAAGAAGAAGAGGUCUCCGAGGAGGAGCCGGAGGAGAUUUUGGACCCAAACAAUCCCGACGAUGCCUUUAAAAUUUUAGAGAGAGAUUUCAACAAGACUUUAGCCAUUCUAGAAAGUCAGCCCGAUGCCAAACAGUUCGCCGACGACUUUUCGAGAAUUUUCGAAGCAGCGUACCAAUUAAAAAUUAAAGAAUCCACUUUGAGUGGUGAAGUGGCUUCAUUGACGGAAACUCUUAACACUCAAAAUGCCAAAUUACUCCUUGCCGAAGAGUUAGCCAUUAAAGACAAAGAAACUAUUGAUGAACUGAAGCACAAUAUUAUCCAUGUAUGUCGAUUAGCGGAUGCAGCACAUUUCAGGGAACAAGCCGGGCAAGAAAUUAUCGACAACUUGAGGAAAGACAUAGAAGUCCUCAAUGCUGAGAUUGAAUUCAAAAAUAAACUGGCUGCUGAUUCUGAAGAUGCAGGAAAAAGUCAUAAGGAGAGGGAUCACCUAGUCAGAGAAAAAGAAAGACUGACAACUGAAAACAUGUACCUUCAACAAAAAUUAGAAAACUGCCUAAUCUACACUAAAGAAUUGGAGGAGAAAACAACAGAAGCAAAUUUAAAGAUUAACGAACUAAGUGGAUUGUCUGAGGACCAACACAGCGAGAUAGAUCGUAUGAAAAAAUUCAGGGAAAAAUUGGAGGCCGAAAUAGCAUCCCUAAAGUCGUACAUAGAUGAAAAGGAUACCAGAAUAGUUGAAUUACAGGGAGGCAUUACCACGUUGAAUAAAAAAAUUGAGGAGCAAUCCGAACAAAUAAAGACUAAAAAGGCUGAAAACGCGAAACUAACCAAAGACUAUUUAUCAGUAGAGACGAAAUAUUCCAAAUUAUUUCAAGACUACCAAAAGCAACUAAUUACUGUUGAUCAAGCAAAGAGGACCUUACAAGCCAAAAUUUUGGAUCUCAGGGGCGUCUCUGAAGAAGUGAUUCACCUGAAAACCGACAUUGCAAAUUUGACCCUGCAAAAAGACACAUUCGAAAAACAAAUCUACAAACAUGUAACCAACCUUUCCGUUAUGACCAACGACAGAAACGCUCUGCGCCAUAAAAUGACUAUAAUAGACAAAGAAAUUGAAGAUGCCAAAAAGGAAAUUAUAGAACACAAAAGGACAACUGAGGAAGUUUUAAAGGAAAAAAAUAACUUAGCCAAAAUGGUUGUGAAGACUCAGGCGGUCAAUAAAGAACAAGGCAGACUAAUCAAAAUACAACAAAAGUCCAAAGAAAAACUGGAGCAAGAGUUGGACAUGUUCUUCAUGGAAAACAAUAAGCAGAAAAAGGAAAUUGCCUCACUGCAGAAGGAGAAGGACAGAUGCGCAGAAUCCCAAAUCGAACUUACGAAAAAAAUCGAAGAUCUGGUUGAAGAAGUCCGACAGAAAAAGGUGCACAUUUUUGAACUGAACAAAGAAAACGCGGAACUGGAGAACAAAAACAGGCAACAACAAAACUUAUAUGAAGCCAUCAGAACUGAGAGGGCUGCUUUGCAAAAAACUUUAGAGCAAAUAACGGCGGAUGCUGAUGAAGUUAAGAAAAAAUUGAAAAUAACUCUGUUCCAAACUGAACAACUGAAAGAGGAGAUAUCUGGGAAGGAGCAAGAGUUGAUUAAACAGGACACUACUAUGAGAAAAAUCGUAAAGGAAAAAGAAAACCUCAAAGUGGAAGUGGAUAAAGGUUUGGAGAAUAUUCGGAGCCUCAAGGUUGAAAUUAAGGAAAUGCAGGACGAACAGAAAAGGUUACAUCAGACAAUUAUGUCGGGCAACAAAAAAAUUCGAGAACAAACAAAAACCAUUGAGCAACUUAUGAACGAAAGAGACGUACUGGGAUCACAAUUGGUCAGAAGAAAUGAUGAGCUGGCACUAAAUAAUGACAAAAUAAAAAUUUUGGUCACCACUCUGAACAGAGGUGAAGCACAGUAUGACCAGCGUUUAGGUGACAUAAGGCUUCUUAAGAUCGAAGUCAAGAGGCUACGUCAGGAGAAGCUUUUGAUGGAGAAAUCGGUCUGCAACAUAAUAGACUUUAGACAGGAAGUCUUCAGGCUGGAACGAGACUUGACCACCACAAGGUUGAAGUGCCGUGCUCUAGAAGAGGAGCUACAGAAUCCAGUCAACAUACAUAGAUGGAGAAAGUUGGAAGGUUCCGACCCUGACACCGUGGACUUACUGAACAAAAUCAAGAUUUUGCAAAAGAGACUGUUAAAACAAUCGUAUGAAGCGAUUGAAAGGGAGAAACAGUUGAAGGAGUCGGAACAGUUGUACUUGAAGCUCAAGGAAGUGCUGGCUCAUCAACCAGGACCUACUAUCAGAGAGGAUUUGAACAGAGCCUUAAUGAGCAACAAAUCUAAAGAGGAAAAAUUAAAGGUCCUGUUGUCUGAACUGAACAUGUCCGAAUUAAAGGCAGCCGAAUACAAAUCCAAUCUGGAGAAGAUGACGGAGGAACUGAAAGAAAUGAAGAGGAAAUACCUGAACGUGAAAAAGGCCAACCGCGUGAGGCGCAUGACUAUUGAAUCAGCUAGCGAGGUGCCGCAUCCGCCGCGAAACGACGUGAAGUUUGCCGGUGGCGGGUUUAAGAUGUCCGUUUCACAACAACAAAUUAAAUAAAGCGUUAUUAACAAAA